AGGACGGACAGAAUGUUGGUGGAUGAGAUGAGUUUUUACAGAUGGAAAGAAGGUAAACAGGGAGAUGGUGAGGCUGAUGUGUUCUUCUCUUCAGAGAAGCCAAGAGAGAGCUGGCGAGUAAAACACAAACCUUACACAGACAACAGCAGGAGUUGAGGCAGAAAACUGAGAAUCUGAAGGAGAUGUGCAAAUGCGCCAAAAGACUCAGCAAACAAGUGGAUAUUCAAGCAUUGAAGAUGGAGAAGAGGAAGAAGCUGGAGGAGAAACUCCAAGAGCAGCAGCUGAAGAGGACGCAGUUUGAGACGAAUAAAGCUGAAAGUGACCUUGAAAAGAAGCGUGAGCUGCUGAAGGACCAGUUGCAGCAGCAGGCUGAAGUUCAUGAAGCAAAGAAGAAAUAUCUGCAUUAUCGACAUGAGGAGCUUCAGCAGCUGCAGCUGGACUGGCAGCAGAGGACGGACAUGAUGCUGCAUGAGGUGGAGCACCAACUCAACGAAGUGAACUGCAAACGGGCCAUCACACUGGACAAGCUGGCGGAGCUAAAGAGGACGUUCAGGGAGAUGGAAGAGGUGGUGCUGGAAGACAGAAAGGAGCAGGAGAAGCUGCGCCGCCAGCAGGAAGAGAACAUGGCUGCCACCAAGAUCCAGGCAUGGUGGAGAGGUGUCAUGUCCCGCAGAGGCUUGGGCAAAAAGGCAGACAAAAAGAAGGGCAAGAAAAAGGGAGAAGGGAAGAAGAAGAAGAAAUAGACACACUCCUUGAUAUGUGAAGAUCAGACGUGUGAAUUCCACUGCUGCAUGUGGCUUUUCUCCCUGCAUAUGUGUGAGACGCACAAACAAAGAAUGGCACAUGACACAUGAGUUGGAUUGAUUUGUAUUUUAAAAUGUUGGACAAUAAUUCAAGCAUGACAAUGCAAACACAUAUGUUAAAACAUCCAUCCAUUCUUCCUUCCUCUUGAAUUGUUUUUUUGAAAGAUAUUUUAAUACAUGCUAUAGAAGUGCUUAACAUCCUCAGUAAAUGCUGAUGAUCAGUGAAAUCUUUUCUGUUAGUUUCGAAAACUGGAGACAAACUACGCAACAAGACCAACAACAAAUCAGAAUCAACCUUGUCGUCUUAACACCUGACCUCUGAAUGGACAAGGAGACAACUUACAUAUUAAAAACAUAUACGUAUACAAAACAUAUUCAGGCGUCUGUAGCUUGACACUGGAUGUUUGUGUCCAACUUACAAGUCAAACAUGUACAACACAUGAGCAAUAAACCAAAGGGGGGAUGCAGUCACCCUUGGUCUGUAUAGUUUGAACCACACAUUUGACACCCACAGUUAAGAAGCACACGGGCGCAAGGACUUGUUUCCAUGCUUGGAAUGACACUCUUGUUUCCUACGUUAGCCUGACUCAGAGCCAGUUCUCAUCAGAUGCUGCUUCACAUUUCACUCACCCCUCAGUGUCAGACACUGCAGUGCAGUGAUGAACCACAGCCAUGACAUAAAACAGAAAACAAGAGAGGAUGCACUACUGUUGGAACUUUGGUGCUACAGGUGCACCCUGUAGCAACAUGACUUAACAUGCCUUAGAGACAUUUAUAACACUUGAGCCCAGACAUACUGUGCAUACACUGACGCAGUAUUGAGCUAAUAUAAAACCAUGUUUCUUUAUAAUAUAUGCAUAUAUUAUGAUUAUUAUUAUUAUUAUUAAUUGUAUUUAGUUUAACAUAAACACAUAUUUCAAACCGUCACACUCACAAUUCACCGCAUACUGGAGGUGAGGCUCAUGACUAAACACUAGCAAUGUUUAUAUAUGCAAUAUAUAAUAUAAUAUAUAUAUAUGUAUGUUUAUACAUGUUUAUAUAUACAAUACAUUGCCGAAAAAAAAACCCCAUAUAUAUAUAUAUAUUUUCCUCUGGCUUAAAUAAAUUGUGAUGAAAAAGAAAUGCACUUGUGACUUAAGUUUAGUUUUGCUCUUGGUGCAAACCCAACAUCAUGACGUUGUGAUCCCCAAACAUGGCGUUGUGUAAUAUUGAGUCUGUGAUGUG